ACACUCGGAGAUCAAGAAUGUGAAAAGCUGGAAGUCAAGCUGGGAAGAGAAGAUGGCGAAGAAGGAACAGAAGAAACGACUGAAAGAGAUGGAACAGCAGCUGAAGAGUGAGAAAGCCAAAAGGAAAGAGCUCCACAGGCUUAACACCCAGGCCAACAGGAAGAGGAAACUGGAGAACCAGAGGAAAUCGGAAAUCGUUCAGCCGAUUAAAAACACGGCCAAAAUCAAGAAGAUGAAGAAAAAACAGCUGCGGACCAUCGAGACGAGAUGAUAAUAUAUAUAUUUGUGGAUUUUUUCCCUGUUAAUGUUAUCUUCACCAUUGCUGUCAUUUUUUUUUUUCAUCACAAACUUCAUGUGUAAAUAAAGCAUCUAAUAUUAAUAGAA